AUGGGGGACCUCUCAUGGGCGGUGGUGCACUUAAGGGUCCUCCCAGGGUUGGAGGCGCUCACAGGGGCCCUCCCAGGGACAGCGAUUCCUUCCCGGGCCCUCUCAGCGGUGCGGGUACGCCAGGGGCCCUCCAAUUGGUGGCGGGGUCCCAAGGGCAUCUUCAAGGGACGGCAGCAGCCCUCCAGAUUGGUGGCACCCCUAAGAUCCCUCCCCAGGAAGGCAGCGCCUCAAGGUAGCCUCCCCAGGGGGCUGACGCCCCAGGCGCCCCCAGGGCUGGGCAGCAUUCCUAGGGUCCCUCCAGGUGCACCAGUGGUUCUCUUUGGGCAGUGGCGCCACCAGGGGCCCUCCCAGGGGCAAAGUCGUCCCCAGAGGCCCUCCCUAGGGGCAGGCAGUAGGACCGCCAGCAGCUCUCACACGGUCACUGCGUCCCCAAGGCCCUUCCAGGGAGAACUGCUUGUUGCAGUGGCGCCAAGAGGGGACCUCCCAGAGGUGGCGACGCUGCCCAUGAGGACUCAUAGGGGCGGCAGUGAUCCUCACCAGGGGCGGCAGAGCCUCCACCUCCCUCCCAGGGGCACUGAACACCCCAGAGGCCUUCGCAUUAGUGGUAAGUCCCUCACAAGGGCGAUGGUGCCCCCACAGGAAGCAGAAGCCCCCAGGGGGCCUCCCAGGGGUGGUAGCGCCUCCAAGGAAAUUGUUACGGGUGGUGGCACACCACGUGGCCCUCCCAAGAGCGGCAUCGACCCCAGGAUCCCUCCCAGUGGCAGAGGCGCCCCCAGGGGGCCUCCCGGGGGCGGCGGGAGCUCUACCAGGGGUGUUAGCACACCCAAGGGUACUCCCAGGGUUGGUGAUGCUCACAUAGUUCCUCCCACGGGCAUUUUAAUCCCCAGGGGCCCUCUAAGAGGUGGCGUUGCCCCUCCCAAGGGCAUUGGCCACUUUAAGAGCAAUACCAGGGACGCUAGCGCCCCCAGGUGCCAUUCUAGGGGCGGCGACGCCCUCAGGGACCCUCCCAGGCCUGGCGAAAAUCCUAUGGGCCCUCCAGGGGGCGGUGGCACCCCCGGUGGCCCUCCCAAGGGCGGGGUCGCCCCCAGGGUCCGUCCCAAUGACGACCGCGCCCCCAGGAGGCCUCCCAGGGGCAGUGUGGACCCUCCUAGGGACGGUGGGGAACCUCUCAGGGGCGGUGGCGCACCUAAGGGUCCUCGCAGG